AGGUGUGGCCUCAUCUCAUCUAUUCAUCUUCACCUGCACCAAAACACAUUGACAACAUGAAGGCCUUCUUCCUCGUGGGUCUGCUUGCUUUGGUAGCGAGCGCCGCCUUCGCGCAGUACGGAGAAGUUGUUGGCAGUUACGAGGGUGGUGCUGGUGGGGGUGGUGCUCAACAAUGCCCCCUAGGGACAAAGCUAGAUUCCUGCAGGAAUUACCUGCUAGAUCGAUGCACAACGAUGAAGGAUUUUCCGGUCACCUGGCGUUGGUGGACAUGGUGGAAGGGAGGUUGUGAAGAGCUCCUUCACGAUUGUUGCAGUCAGUUGAGUCAAAUGCCACCGCAAUGCCGCUGCAACAUCAUCCAGGGAUCAAUCCAACGUGAUCUCGGUGGUUUCUUCGGAUUUCAGCGUGAUCGGACAGUCAAAGUGAUACAAGCAGCCAAGAACCUGCCCCCCAGGUGCAACCAGGGCCCUGCCUGCAACAUCCCCAGCACUACUGGCUAUUACUGGUGAUGUAGCUUCCAGUUGUGACUAGCUAAUAAACUGUCAUAUAUCACUGCAUGUGACAAAUAAAAGUGGUCUUGGAAUAAUGUAUGGAUAAAAUUUCUAAA